AUGCAGAAUUUUGUGAAUGGUCUUAAACUGAAGACAAAGCAACUUAUUGACACAGCUGCGGGUGGCUCAACAAAUUUCAAAACAGCCACGGAGAUCAAGAAGAUUAUUGAUGCUAUCGCGGCAAAUGAACACUUGGAGUUAUAUGACCGCAGUGUUAAUCAGCCCGAAGGGUUAGUCGAUUUAAAAUUGUCAAACCAAGUUGUUAAGAUGGAAGACCAAAUUGCGGCUGAAGUUGAACGAAGACUGAAACAAAUGGCCCUCGAAAAGCAAACUGUAGCACAGGUUCAACCAGUUCAGCCAACUCAAGCGGUAAAUUGUGAUAUUUGUGGAGGACCUCAUUUUGCCAUGCAUUGUGUGGCAACAGCCCAACAGGUGGAAGAAAUCAAUUUUCUGAAGCAGAACAAUCCCUACUCCAACACUUACAAUCCGGGAUGGAAAAAUCAUCCGAAUUUCUCCUGGAAAGAUCAACAAGGGAAUGUUCCUAAACAAGGAGCUGUGCCAUAUCAAAGUCUACCACAACAACAACAAUAUCGCCCACCGCAACAACCAUAUCAACAGCCAUACCAGCAGCAACAUCAACAAUUUCAGCCACAGGGACCAAGAAAAGCAGACUGGGAGAUCGCCAUUGAAAAGAUGAUGAGUCAAAUUGCACAACAAAUGGCAAAUCCUCAACAAUCGGGUGCUCUACCUAGUGCCACGGUUACAAAUCCUAAAGACCACACUAAUGUGAGUGCUAUAAGCACUAGGAGUGGUAAAGCCAAAGAAGUUGUGGAAGAAAAUGCUGAAGAAGAAGAGCCGUUGCUUGAAGUUGAUGUGGAAAUAAAGGAAAAUGAGGUAGAAGCUGAAGAUGUGGUGAUACUAGAACCGGUGACGAAAGGGAAGAUUAUUGAGCCAAAACCGGCUGUUAAACUUCCUUUUCCCACUAGAAAUAAAAAGAAGGGGCAGCAUGAGAAGAAUUUUGAAAAAUUCUUGGAGAUGUUCAAGAAACUUGAAUUGAAUAUUCCAUUCCUAGAGGCAUUGGAGCAAAUGCCUACCUAUGCCAAGUUCAUGAAGGAUAUUAUAUCCAAGAAAAGGACUAUCGAGCAUGAUCCGAUUAUUCUAACCGAAACUUGUAGUGCUAUUUUGCAGGGUAUGAAAAUUCCGGUGAAAAAGAAGGAUCGAGGUUCUGUGACUAUUCCUUGUACCAUUGGGGAUAGAUCUUUCAAGAAAGCCCUUAUUGAUUUGGGGGCAAGUGUGAGUCUUAUGCCGCUGUCCAUUUACAAGAGAUUGGGGAUAGGUAAAGUGCAAGAUACAAGAAUGACACUCCAAUUUGCUGACCAUUCUGUGAAGAGACCCUACGGGAUAGUAGAAGAUGUGCUUGUUAAAAUUGACAAAUUUGUGUUUCCGGUGGACUUUGUUAUUUUAGAGAUGCCGGAAGAUGAAGAGAUCCCAAUCAUAUUGGGAAGACCAUUCUUAGAAACCGGAAGAUGUUUGAUAGACAUAGAAGAAGGUACAAUGACUCUGAAGAUAUAUGCAAAUGAAAAGUCCUUGGAAACACAACAAUUACCUUUGAACAAAGUGUUGAGUUUAUCAAUUUUUGAUGAGGAGGACGCGGUUGAUGAAAAAGAGGUGGAAGUGGUAGCCAUGAUGGAAGCAACACCAAUCUUUAAAAGCUCUCGACCAAACCGAUGGGAAGAUCUUAGGAAACCAUUGGUGGAGGAAAAGAAAGAUGAACCGAAGAAAGGGGCUGAAUUGAAACAACUGCCGGAAAACUUGAAGUAUGUCUUUUUAGACACCGAAAGUAGGUGUCCGGCGAUCAUAAGUUCCCGCCUUGAAAGUCUUCAAGAGAAUAGGCUCGUGGAAGUGCUGAAAAAGCAUAAAGGUGCUAUGUGA